AUGAGAGGAUCCUUGAAAAUCACUUCAUCUAUCUUAUUGAUAUCUAGCUUCAUUGUAAACUAAGCUUAAGCUGUAUGCAGAGCUGCUGCUUUUGCUGGCGGAGGCUCAAGAGGAGCUUAUGAAGCAGGAGUUGUCUACGGUUUCAAUCAUGCAAAGAACCCAGCUGACUUCUCUUGGGAUGUGGUUACUGGUGUCUCGGCUGGUGCACUUAACUCUGCUGGUAUUGCACUCUGGGCUCCUAAUCAAGGAAAAGAGAUGUCAGAAUGGUUAGAACAAGUCUGGCUCAAUCUUACUUCUAGUCAAAUCUACGUAGACUGGCCACUAGGAUGGCUUGAUGGUAUCACAAAAGAAAGUGGAAUAUUUGAUAACACUCCCCUCCUCAAUCUUGUUACAAAGCUAUACACUUCAUUUGGAUCAGUGAAGAGAAAGACUGUUGUAUCAUCAGUGGAUGUCAACACUGGUUAAUACGUUAUCUUUGAUGAUUCCAUGCCAUUUUCAGAUUUACCUUUACUUACUGUUGCCUCAGCAUCCAUUCCAUUCAUUUUCCCUCACAGACAUUAUGGUGACCAUAUCUUAAUGGAUGGUGGCACUGUCUGGAAUACCAACCUCAUAUCCGCUGUUGAUAAAUGUAAAGCAAUGGGACAUGCUGAUAGCGACAUCAUUCUAGAUAUAAUACUCUGCGACUAAAAAGGUAUUAGUGAAAUUGGAGACACUGGAAAUGCUCUUAAUAAUUUCCUUAGAUAUUACACAAUUUAAUCAUACUACAGUGGAAUGAAUGAUAUCUUAGAAUUCAAGAAGACCAGACCCAAUGUUCAAUAUAGAUAUCUUACGCUCCCAACUGGACCUGUUGCAAACGGUCUAAAUAUGAUUAACUUCAAUCCUUCAAAUACCGUACCUAUGAUUGAACUUGGAAAGAAGGACGCUGCAAAUGCGAUUAAGUUGGGUGAAGGUAAAGGAUUUGAGUUAUUUGAGUAAUAUAUGAAACUUUCUCCUCAAGAGCAAGAUUAGUUAUCAAUUAACGAAUACUUCGCCAUGCACUAUGAAAAGGCAUGA